UAAGUGCUCUGCUCUGGGUUGUCUCUCUGCUGCUGUCUGCUUCAGCAUUUAAUAUUCAGCUACGAAAGGCACCACAAGGCUUUCAAGUAGCAUCCACAUUGCUGUGAGUUAACAUCUACUUAAGAGAUAAAUUACGAGUCCACUGAAAAAUGCUGAUGGCUCUGUACUAGACUGAUAACAUAAAACGGAAUCCAUUUCAGUCCAGCGUCUUCUGACUGCUGCGUUAUGAUAUGAACACAGCACACAGCUAACUUGUUCAGAAUGAGCUUUUCUGAAAAGCAAGGCAAUGUUUUAACAUUUAUUUAUUUUUCAACUGGAUGGCUUUGGAAGCUCUGGUCUGACUGCAUGUGAAAAUAAUUCAGAAACCUAGGUGGGCACUGUACACCGAUGCUACAUCUCAUAAUGUGAAAUGUGCAAUUAGGAAACGAUGCAGGAAUAUUUACCUAAGCUACACAAACCACCAUGGGAUUUCUGUGGGGAAUGGCAGGUACAUCUCUGUCUACGCUACUCUGAUUAAAGAGGUAAGAAAAGGGUAACUAGAGCAGUUCCUUAAAGGGAAAUUCAUUAAGCUGCCCCCCUUCUGGCUGACGGUGAGAUGAACUCGGAGACGACCACACUCUGGAAACUGGCAGAAAGGAGUUGUCUGUGUGCGUGCCUGUGCUUUUGUGUGUGCUGCUGGCAUUACUGAACAUUCAGCUUACUUAUGGGGAAAUACACACUGAUCUGUUGAUGCCAUCUACAGCGUUGCUGAAGUUUUGCUGCUUUUCAACGCAGCUGCAGUGGACGCUUAGAUGUAGAAGGGGAAAAAAAUUAUACCGAAUGCUGUCUCAGUUCCUGGCUGUCCCUCUUGACAGAACUGGGGAAUGGAAAUAUACAGCGUCUUAAGGAGUUUAGGAGUGGUAGGAAUGUAAAAUCAUCCAAUAAACUGAACAGAAAAAUGGAUGGGUCUACAACGCUGGAACGAUAGGUGGCAUUUGGGAACUCACCUGUAUCUGGUGAAACUGGAUGAGAAAAAACGGAGUGAGUGACCAAAACGACUGGAGGUUUUUGGAAGGUAUUCAUGGCUGGAUUCCUAAUCUUCAGUGGAGGCUGAAAAUGAGCCAGAUUACUGACAGAAAGAAAAUGCAAACACUGAAACGAGCAAAUGGAAUACAUGCAUUUGUUUUAAUGAUGCACGGCUGAAUGUCCCACUGACAGAUUAAAACCGAAACUCAAACAGACUCCUGAAGGAAUUACCAUGGAAAAGCUGCUCUUUGGUAUCUUAGUUAUCGGAUGCUUAGCAGCUGUGACUGUAGCGUGCCCAUUCCACUGCGUCUGCCAAAACCUAUCAGAGUCCCUCAGUACUCUUUGUGCCAACAAAGGUCUCCUCUUCAUACCACCUAACAUUGACCGAAGGACAGUAGAGCUACGACUUGCUGACAACUACAUUCAGGUUGUCCAACAAGACAACUUCCUUAACAUGACUGGGCUAGUAGAUCUCACUUUGUCCAGGAACAAUAUCGACACUAUACAGUCUUAUGCCUUUGCAGACCUAGAAAGCCUUCGCUCCCUACACUUGGACAGCAACCGCCUGUUGGAGGUUCAGGAUGACGAUUUUCGUGGGAUGAUAAAUCUCCAGCACCUUAUCUUAAAUGGCAAUCAGCUGACUAACGUUUCUAGUGCUGCUUUUGAUGAUUUUUUAUUAACACUUGAGGACCUAGAUAUGUCUUACAACAAUUUAAAAAGAAUUCCGUGGGAGGCUAUACAAAACAUGGUCAGCCUUCAUUCACUUAAUCUUGACCACAACUUACUGGAUUUCAUAAUGGAAGGGGCCUUUACAGAACUUUACAGGUUGGCCAGGUUAGACAUAACUUCCAACAGAUUACACACUUUACCCCCAGAUGCUGUUUUCAGCAGGUCCCAGAUAGGUGUGAUUAGUCCAACACCUUAUACCUCUAACAUUGUGCUCAGCUUUGGAGGAAAUCCACUGCACUGUAACUGUGAACUGCUUUGGCUUCGUCGCCUCUCCAGGGAAGAUGACUUGGAAACUUGUGCUACUCCUCCUCAGCUUGCGGGUCGCUACUUUUGGACCAUUCCUGAAGAGGAAUUUACCUGUGAACCCCCACUGAUCACACGGCAUACACAUAAGUUAUGGAUUCUAGAAGGUCAAAGGGCAACACUAAAGUGCAGAGCAAUAGGAGAUCCAGAGCCAAGCAUACAUUGGGUUUCUCCAGAUGACAAGAUUAUAACCAAUUCAUCAAGGACCACAUCUUUUCGUAAUGGCACCCUGGAUAUACUAGUAACCACAAUAAAGGAUGAUGGAACUUACACCUGUAUAGCAAUUAAUGCAGCAGGAGAAUCAACUGCCUUGGUGGAUUUAAAAAUUAUUCCUCUGCCUCAUCGAGGCAAUGGUACUGUUCAUAUCUCGCAACAAGUCCCUGGAUCCUCAGACAUAACCACCUCUGCAAAAACCACCAUGAAUGUCACUGACGAAAGUCGGAAUCCAGAGAAGAUGGUUGUGGUUUCUGAUGUGACAGCCACAUCUGCACACAUUCGAUGGGUAACAACCAAGUACUACACUGUGUGGAUGUAUCAAAUUCAGUACAACAGCACCGUGGAUGAAAUUGUCGUCUACAGAAUACUGCCUUCAAAUCGAAAAAGUUUUGUUCUGAAGCAUCUUGUUUCUGGCGUAGACUAUGACCUUUGUGUCUUAGCCAUCUUUGAUGAUACUGUGACAUCCUUAGCAGCAACAAAACUGGUCGGUUGUGUGCAGUUCACCACAAAGGAUGACUAUGCUCACUGUCAUUCACUUCAUGCACACUUCUUAGGAGGCACCCUCACGGUAAUUGUGGGAGGAAUUAUUGUAGUGACCUUGCUAGUUUUUACUGUUGUAAUGAUGGUGAAAUAUAAAAUUUACAGCAACACUCAGCCUACUAACCCAAAGGUCACGGAUGUUUACUCCCAAACAAAUGGUAAUAACACAGUUCCGAAUGGGAUUUUACUACAGAGGGGCAUGCCAGCUAGCUCUAAGGGGCAAAUGGUAGAUACGAGGAAGCCAAGGGGAAAUUCUGCUACAGAAAAUGAGCACUUCCCUGUUCAUUAUGACGGAGCCACCUACAGUGCUAGACUUCAGCGAAAAAGGGCCAAGCCAAAGCACUGGAACGAAUCAGAGAGUACUACAGGGAAAUUUGCAACCUUAGCAACCAGAGGCACAGGGAAACAAUCAGACUGGCAUGCUAAUAUGGACAAAGCCACCACUUUGGACAGAUAUGAAAUGGCAACUAAAACAAAAAGGAGUUGCUCUCUGGAUAUGGGAGACAUUGCCACUACCACAUGUUAUGGAUAUGCUAAACGGCUGAGUGUAAUCUGGGCCAAGAGAAGCCAAUCAGUGCAUGGAAUGCUUCUCCACUGCUCAGAAAGUGAAUUCCGGGAAAAGAAAGUCAUAUUUUCUAGCACAGAUGAACUUGAAGAGAGUGUGGUAUAAAAAAAAUGGCAUACUGGCAUACACAGAAACACCUGCUUGGAGGUAGUGGGGUGCCACGCUCAGAAAUUCAAGGAGACCUGCAGUGACAAAGAACAUCACAAAGGUCAGAUUUGCUGCUUGUUCCCAAAACUAUGCGGUGUUUCCAUAUUUCUCCAAAAUGAAGUUAUUUCAUAGGGACAAAGGAGACAGUAUCUAUAUAACCUCAUUCCCAGCUGCACUGGGCUGCUAAACCCACAGCAAAUCCUGAAGUAGGUAAGCUCAUAUUCAGUGGUACAACUGUGGAUUAAUGAGUAUACGUUUAGUGAUACACCUGUGGAUUAAAAACAAAGUAAGGAGGAAAUGAUACUGCUGCUGUUUUGGAAAAAUUUGACGUCAGAAUCUCACAGCAGAAAAGAUUACAAAAAUGGUGGUGUAAUAUUGCAGACUGUCUUAUUAACUGCUCCUGCAACAAGGUACAAUUAAGAUUUUGUUUCCUCAGAGCAUGAGGAUAUUAGUGGCUGCAAAACUGUUACACCUGAAAAAUCAUUCAGACUUUGCUAGCCCCAGAACCAAACAGACACAAUGGAAAAAAUAUCAUAAACUUUAUUUUACAGAUAUUCACAAGUCUUUGUUUUGGAGUGAAUUCAUUUACCAUUGCUGUACAAUUAAUUUACACAGACUGAAAAAAAAAGUUGAUUAAUUUUUAAACUUUUGUUCCCAAAUUCAAAUGUAUCUAUUUUAUUUUUACAAUGCUCUUUUUCCCCUUCAUGAGAAGGAAGGGGAUAAGGAGGCAAAAAUGAUAAUCUACAAAUUUGUAAUACGUGGUUUUGCCAAAGUCUCCGACAUCAGUAUGAUAUUAAAUAAAAUUAAAAAAUGAAGCUA